AUGGCUUCCUCAACUGAAAACAAGGUCGUGGACGGCGGCAAGACCCCAAGCUUCCGCAAAGCUGCCGACGCCCACUUUGAUAGUCUCGUUGACUUGAUGCGAAAAAAAGAGGCCUAUCCGAUGCAGCAAAGGAUACCGCACGUUCCUGUCAAUGGAGCUAAUAGGGUAAAGAGUAACAACGGGGUCAAUGGAUCCAACGGAGCCAACGGAGCGAACAGUGUCAACGGUGUCGACAGGGACAUUGGUGCCAACAGGUUUAGUGUGGUUAAAGAGGUCAAAGGGGCCAACGGGGUCAACGGAGUCAACGGCAUAUGUACUAAGAGCCGAUUCUCCCUCGAUCGUGCCGAUAACCUUCGUCAAGAUGACAUCGAGCACUUGCCACAAUCAGAAGUCUCAUUGAUCAUGCUCGAUGACUUGCUGCAUGUCGAAACACGCCCUAAUCAUUCCCCAAUCCAGAACACCAGCGCCACAGAAGACCUUGCAAUUCUGGCUGCAGGCCCGCGCGAUAGACUGCCGUCAGACCAAUCUUUUGAUCACGCCUCGACAGACCAGGAUGAUUCUAACUCUCUCAAACGCAUGGAAGUCAACAUUUUGGGGAUGGUCUCACAAAUGCUUCGCCCAAAACCGAUUGAUGAGCCAUUGCGAGGCGUGACAAACCCAGGAUUCUAUAACUUAGCCCGCCAUGCUCCCCAGGACCAGACGGUAGUAAAGCGUAAUACAGAACUCUCUGAAGUAAAUGGAUUUGGCCACAAAGAUGCAAUUAUGGACAUUGGAAAAGACAUGGAGAGACUGGAAUCGAAAUCCCGCUCUCCCAAUGGGGUCGAGGCUGUGAAUGGACUCACCGUGGUAAAUGCGAGAGCAAGGCUGGAACAAACUCAAAUAAACAUGGACACACAGACAGAGCGCGUUAAAAAUCUUCUUGACACAUUAAAGUCAAGGGAGAAGCUGUAUAAAGAAAUGGAGGAGAAGCUGAAGGACACGGAGAACAAAGUGAAGGAAGCGAAGACUGAGGCUGGGUACCUGAAGGCUCAGCUCAGGGAAGCCCAGAAAACAGAUACACCCUCUGCUCUGGAUAAAUUUGCAACCUUCGAGGCUCAAAUCAAGCAAAAGAAUUCCGAGAUCGGUCGCUUGCGUGAAGCUCAGCGCAAGGCUGACAAGGUCUUGCAGAACAAGCAAGCGCAAAUCGAGAAAACCUCCAACGAGCUUACCGCUCUGCGCGGUGCCGCACAUCUCGUCGCGCCGUCCAGCAAAAAGCAACUUCCUCGAGGGGUAUUCUCAUGCAUAGAAUGCUUUGUGCACAAUGCUGAUUGCGAUCUGAAAGCUAUCUGCAGCAACUGUCGGGAAGAGGGCAAGAAAUGUCUUCGAUGGCGCUGCUCUCUGGUUCACCGUUUCGGACAAUGCCCAGAAGGUCACAUGUGCCCCAUGAAGCACGAUCCCGAGGGAUGGUUAUAUGCACAGAAGGAUCGUCCACAGUGGUAG